GUGAUUUCAAUCAAGAUGGGGAACCAAUUUGGUUAGAAGAGGAUGAUGGUACAUUCACAUUUGUCAUUUGGUAAAAAAUGAGCUUGCGCGUACAUUCUCAUUCUCUCAUUCUUGGCAUUCUAAUUAAACCCUGUCAAUUAAGUUACAUCAAUGGAAGAUUUUACAUGACAUUCUACCAAUUACUAACAAUCUUAAUAGGUUUCAAAUUCUUCUAAAUCCCUCUAGAUGCCUACUAUGUAAAGCCCAUGAAGAUUCAAUGGAUCAUGUAUUGUUUAGAUGUCCUAAAGUCAUACCUAUUUGGAAGUAUUACAUGAGUAUCUUUAGCAUCUCACUUCUUGAUGAUAUGACUACAAUCAGACAUGUUUGUAAAAAGUAUGACUAAAUUGAAGUCGAUUUCUAAAAAGUAAAUACUUUUACGUAUGAAAAAAUGUUACUAACAAAGCAAUAUAUGUGAAAAAACAUGAUAUUACUGCCAGCUUUUAAAUUCGCUAUCAUAUUUUCAUGCUAACUGAUGUCACUAUAGUUGUGAGACACGUCAGCGUGAUCGUUAGAGAUUGGAUAUAAAGUAGAAUGAAAAAAAGGAUUAACUAAACCAAAAGAAAAUCACAUUUUUAAUCCAUGAAAUAAACACUAUAUUGAAAUGUCAGACCCGUAUUUCUGAAAUUGUUAAUGACACCCAUUAAUUGUAAAAAUUGCUGUAAAUGUGGUCAUUUGAGAGGUGAAAUAUACACUGUGAGGGAGAAGUACAUCUUUCCAUAAACCAAAGAUAAUCAUAUUUCUUCAAAAAAUGAAAAGUAAUGGCGCCUUUUUGUAUUUGAAAAGGCAAUAGUAAUAUUUGUGCCUUUUUUCUUUGGUGUGGAAGCAAGAACAUGCCUGAAUUGUGGGGACUGAAUUAAAUGGGAAAUUCAGCUAGGUGGUGUAGAGGCGCGUUGUGGUUGAUGAAAUUUAUUGUUAUAGUAAUAAUUAUGAAUGAUGAUAGGAAAGAUCAGACAUAGUGUGGUGUGUGGGUCAAUGAUCGAUCUUGACUGGGUAGCGAUGGACAGAGUCUGCCCAGGGGUUAGAUGGGUGGGGGUGAGAGGGAAGGGUGCGGAGGGCUCUCCAAACCGCGCUGUUGCACUUGAAGCCGGAGCCGAAGGCGAUCUGCCAGACGCGGUCUCCUCUGGACACGCGGCCCUUGGCCUCGGUGUAGGCCAGCUCGUACCACAGGGAGCUGCUGGAGGUGUUGCCGAAGCGGUGCAGGGUCAUGCGGGACGGCUCCAUGUGCCAGUCGGUGAGGUCCAGGUUGUUCUGCAGCGCGUCCAGCACCGCCCGCCCCCCCGCGUGGAUGCAGAAGUGGUCGAACGCCCGCUUGAAGUCGGGGAUGUAGGGCUUCACCUGCGCCCUCCCCAUCAUGACCCGCCUCCUCACCAGCGUGGCCAGGAACUUGAGCUGCUCCGCGAGCGGGAGCACGAGGGGCCCCAGGGUGGUGAUGUUGGUCUUCAGCGCGUCCCCCGCCACCGCCAUCAGCUCCCUCGCCAGCGACACCCCCACCGCCCCCUCCUCGUCCUCCCUCUGGUACACGCACCUGUAGCUGCUGUCGUCCGCCCCCUUGUGGGUGCGCACCGUGUGCACCAGCUCGUACUUGGACCGCCCCCUGUCCCGCCGCCUGUUCGACAGCAGCAUCGCCGCGCCGCCCAUCCGGAAGAUGCAGUUGCACAGCAGCAUGGAGCGGUCGUUGCCGAAGUACCAGUUCAGGGUGAUGUUCUCCGUGCUCACCACCACCGCGUACGUGUCCGGGUUCGCCUUCAGCAGAUGCUUCGCCAGGUCCACCGAUAUGAGCCCCGCCGAGCACCCCAUUCCGCCCAGGUUGUAGCUGCUCACGCCCUCCCGCAGCUUGUAGUGGUUCACUAUCAUCGACGCCAGCGACGGCGUCGGGUUGAACAGGCUGCAGUUCACUAUCAGGAUCCCGAUCUCCUCCGCCUUCACUCCCGUCGCCUCGAACAGCGAGUCCAGCGCCCCGAACAUCACCGCCUCCGCCUCCGCCCGCGCCUCCUUCAUCGACAGGUUCGGCGGCGUGGCCGUGAUGCCCGCCGGCACGUACGUCUCGUCGCCCAGCCCCGACCGCCGGGAUAUCCUCUUCUGGAACGUCACGAUGUCUUCCGAAAACGACCCGUUCUGCUCUGUCAUCUUCAGGAACCCCUCCACCGACAUCUUUCUCUGCUCCCCCGCCGGUUUGUAGCACGCGAAGUCCACCAGGUACACCGGCCUGGGCCGCUUCGCCCAGUACAGGCUCAUUCCCACCACCAGCACCGACAGCCCCGUCACCCCCGUCGUCGUGUCUACCAGCACACUGGGGUUCCGUCCCGCGUACUGCACCACCUCCCAGAACCGAUUCAGCCUCAGCCCCGCCGCGGCCAGCCGCACCAGCAUCACCCCAAAGAAUACCGCCACCGCCACUCCCGCAGCCUGCACCGCCGGGGGGUGCUUGCAAGAAUACCCGUACCCCAGCUUCACAUAUUUCAGCUUCACGGACUGGAGGAAGUCCGGUAGGCGGCGGCGUAUAUUGAUGACGAUGGAGGAAGAGUCGUCGUCUUUGAAAUCCAUCUGGGCUGUCAGCCUCUCCUCCUCCAUGUCUAUGCACUCUGUAGCCAUAAAUGAAAUCUAAUCUUAUCAGAAAAUAUACUAUCGUAUGAUGGAUCGGAACGAGUCAAUCCUAUCGAUGGAUCUCCCAGAAAAUGGCCGGUAAGAAGAAUCAGAUGACUAAUGGCCGGGUAGUUAGAAGACCUACCAUUAUAUUGAAUUGAAUUGAAUGAAUAUAGACGCACACAUGUCGAUCUCCUAUAUAUAUAUAUAUGCAUAAAUAUAGUUAUAUACAGAUACAUAUGUGUGUGGACACAUCUGUGUAUAUUUAUAGAAUACAGUUGAACUACAAAACCAGCAAUAUGAUUAGUUAGGAUCAAUCAAAGCCUACUGCCUACGUACUUGACGCUCUCAGCUGCUUAAUUAAUAAUCCAACAUUGG